UUUAUUAUUUUACUAUUCAGUUCCAAUUAUCUCCUACUUUUUAAAAAUACCAAUAAGUUAAGUGGCACUAGAGGGGGGUGGGGGUAUUUAUUACUGAUUUUUUUUCGCGAAGCAAAACAUCCAAACAGGAGUUAACUUUCCCAACGUUUAGUAAUUAAACUUAAAAUUAUAUUUAUCUCUUACCUCCUGGUAAACAGUGAAACUUUGAUUGGCCAGGACCUCAAACUCUAAAAAAAAAAGGGGGGGGUAACAGUUUACUAACUUGCGUAGCUGUCGCACACUUAGAAAGCGCAUCGUAUUUUCAUACUACAGUACAUUAAUAGAAGCUUUCCGGAAUAUAUCGAAUAUGGAUCAUAUACAUGACAUAUAUACUUAAAUCUUUUCAAAGGUAACAUUUCAAGUUCAAUUUCUAAAUGUACUUUUAAGUAAAAUGGUUUCCACGAUUUUUUUUCAGCCGAUAUUGGGCCUGUUAUAUGUACAUUCAGUCAAUCACGUGCAAAAAGGUGUAUAUCUAACCAUGGAUUCGGGAAGGAAAAAACAAUUUAGGUUUUCAGAGCAAGACGACAUAAAACUUUUGAGAGAGGUUAUCAGCAGGAACCCUUUCAAAGAAAGGGGCAAAUGGGCAGAUAUUUCAUCAGUUAUGUCCCGGAAUAUCGAUGCACGAAGGGUUAGAGAAAGGACUCUUCUUCUUAUAGACCAAAGGAAGAAGUUUAACAGCUCCUCUCUCAAAAAAUCUGGUGUAGAUGAAACCUAUGGAGAGAAAGAAAUGCUUUUGGAUGAAAUAAUAGAAUUAGCGAACGAUGAAGAGGAGAAAAAAAGGGAAGAUAAAUCCAAAGCAGUAAAAGAAGAGAGCAUGUGCAAGAGUCUUCGUAAACGGGCACUCGAGAACCUGACACCAUCCAAAAGUGACGAGGACCAGCGAAAUAACAGUAAAAUGCCUAGAAAGUGUUCAAGUGUGAUAUCCUUUUUGAAAGAAAAAGCAGAGACGGAAAAACAAUCCAGAGAUGAGGAAUUUUCACUCCGUCGAGAGCAGCUAAAUUUGGAGAAGGAGCGGUUUGAACUGGAGAAACAGGAGAGGCUUCAAAGAUUGGAGACUGAAAAGCAGCAGACCACAAUGAUGUUAGAACUUUUCUCAAAAUGUUUAAAUAAAUAAAUGGAUUAUCUUAAGCAUUUACCUAGCUUUUCUCAAAAUAUUUAUAUAAUUUAUAUUUAAAUAGAUCAUCAUAGGAAUUAGCUAGCCAUGUAAUAAAAUACGAUGUAAA